UGGGACUUUUCAUCGAGGUCAAAAGCUCGCUCAAAUUCAAGCCCCUCGGCAAUUGGAGAACGUCGCCGGAAGCAACAAUGUCAUGCAAAGAACGGGAAGCAAUACGGAGGGAGUCUCGCAACAUUCACAACCGCCUACGCUCCAUUGGAAAGGACUCUGAAUUCGUGACGAAAGUUGCCGACCACUUCAGGACUUUGCCUCUUAUCGCGAACGAGCGCUGUGGCAGCUGGUACGUUGACCCUAAGAAGGCUUACCCACAUAGCGUCUACUUCAAGUCCACGGACGGCCAUUUUGGAAACUGGGAUUUUAACUUGCGGAGGCUGAACUACCAUAUCAUCAAAACAAUUGCACAGCGUGGAGGAUGCAUCAUAGUUGACUCAACGCGGAACGGCAAGCGAAUACCCGACAGUCUAGCCAAAACCGUACCGAUAUGGUGCGCCGUCAUCAAUGGAGCUGUUGCAAGGCAUCGACAGAAAGCUGCACCGCAUGAUGCGAUCGCGAACGGGACAGACGACGAAAAGGAGAACCUGGCGGGUGAUCAGUCGGGAUUGCUGUGGGAUACGGCGUUCCAUUCCAUACCCUCGAUUGUGUCGAGGUCGGAGUCGCAACAGAUCAGUCAAAAGCUGCCGCCGUUCGUGGAUAAGUUGCUGGCAUCAUCAGUAAACGUCCCCGAACUCUCCCUUCACCUUCACAAACCCCUCCGGCCCCUCUGGAUUACCCCCACAACCAACCUCGCCCUCGGCUUCGACUGGGCCGGUUCCCCCGACGCACUACACGACCUGCCCUUCUACCCCGUCAUCCUCCUCAGCGCCUCCCAAGCCGUUCCGGACGGCAUGGACAGACGGGUUGGGUACACCUAUGUCCAAGGAUCUGCCGACGAUCACGAGUUAUGGGGGCGGGGCUUGGAACCUGAGAUGUUCUGGGCUCACCGGGAAGAAUUACUGGAUGCGACGGAUGAUGCUACAUGUGAACAGCUCGUCCAACGGAUCGUCAGAGACUCUCACCUCCUUUCCACCCCCUUGUCAACCGGAAAAGCCCCGCCUUCAAACUUAUUGGGGGAUACAAACAUCAGCAUCGGCAACCACGCCAGCGGCCGCCCACCAGACUGUUUCCGUUUCUUUGACGUCGUUAUCAAUUGCGGGUCGCCUGAACACCCUCCCGAGCUCUUGGACAAGGCUGCCGAGGAGGGCAAGUACCUGUUCCUGCCUAUCCCGGAGGGGAAGAAGGGGCAGCAUGCGCUGUUUAGUUGUUUGCCGAUGGUGUUGGCGUUUGUUAAGGGGCCGUUGAGGGAGAGGAAGAGGGUCUUGGUGCAUUGUAUGCAGGGAAAGGAUCGCUCCGUCGGGAUCGCGCUGGCGAUGCUCGUCAGAUACAUGGAUGAUGAAGGUCACAUCAAUGUCGAUGCGGAUGAGACGUCCGAAGUAACAAAAGACCUAAUCCAAAACCGCCUCCUAUUCAUCCAAUCCCAUCGGAUCGUCGCCUCACCAACAAGGGCAACUCUACAGAAGGUGAAAACCUACUUUAUGAGUGCCGAGUAUAAGUAGGCACGGGAGCGUACCACUGUUUUUUUUUGGGCAGUCGUCAUUUGAAGCUAUUAGCGUAUCCGACAGCAUUAGACAAUCAUUUUCCCUAUAAUAGACAUUCGAGCCUGUAAGCUCCUCUUCCUCUGUUCGGCGUAGAUAGCCAACCAAAUCGCGUAUGUAUGUACACAUGGCACCCUAUAAGCAGAACAAAGCCAUAUCUAUAUAACAUGCUUUUCCAAAAUUCAAUGUAGUGGAUGGGGGAUACUUAUACGAAAACACCAGAGACAAAACUAUUGUAACCCGGAUCUAAUCUCUCGAGACCUCGCAAAAGAACCUUGCUCCAGCGGAAAACCUAUGCUCCAGUCACACCGUCCUCCGCAAAGGGGGCCUACUCGCGAUCCCGCACGAGACCCAUCGGACGCACAAUAUACGCCAAUCCGCACAAUCACCCAAUCUCCCUCCCAAC